UUUUCACAUGAAUAUUGUAAUACGCUUUUACUUCAAAUUUGAACUUGACACUCAAAACCUACAAUAAUUUAGAAAUGUAAAAUAUCUAACAGCAACACUGCUAGAUUCUAGCUACCAACAGGUAGAUAUUUGGCCAAUUAUCAUUUGCUUUUAAGCUAAUAUAUUUUUCAUAAUUAUGUUGAACUUUAACAAAAUCAAUUAAUUCAAACUUCAAAAUCACUGAUAAGGUGACUGACAUGUUUUUUAUAUAACACUGUCACGCGAGAGACUUGUUCAAACAAAAUGUAAACAAUCCACGAGACAUUUUGUUUACAAGAAUGACUACGGUAAGAUGUCUGGGUCACAUCGUCCAAAUCACAUGAAAUAACGGUGACCGCGUGACUUCGCACCCGAGAUGAACUGUGCCCCGGCCGCCCUCACUGCAUCAUAUCGACAAAAAUGAAAAACAUACACUGAUUCACAUAAGCAACUUCAUCGCCACAGACAGAGCGGUGUAUAUUUCUGGCGGCUGGAUUGAGGGAGAAAGAUCGCCGAGAUAUCAUUGGAAUGAUCAGGGCUUUCAGCCAACAGAUACAGAUGUGUUCCGAGGAAGAGGCUCGGUCUCGUUUGAUGGACCUUUUACGCAAGUACGAUACCCGUUCUCAAUCACAAAAUGACCUCAACAUACCGCCAGCUUUCAGCAGGGCAAGCGUCCUUGUUCCGCUCUUCUGGAGAAAUGGAGAAUGGAACGUUCUGCUUACAGUUCGGUCAAAACAUCUACGAAGUCAUUCCGGUCUGGUUGCGUUUCCGGGUGGCAAACAAGAUCCAGAAGACAAGGACGUGAUCGCCACAGCUCUUAGAGAGGCCGAGGAAGAAAUAGGUCUUUCUCCGAAUGAUGUCAUCAUUGUGAAUGUGCUUCCGCCUUCUUUUGUCCGACCCAAAAAUAUAGUUACUCCGGUUGUGGCGAUCAUUCCAAGUGACUUUUUGCCGAAGAGGAAUGUCGAAGAAGUUCAGAAAGUGUUCUCUCUUCCGAUUUCGAGAUUCGUGAGAGAGGACUUUACAACGAAAAGGUUCACAAUGCAUGACACUGUCGUGGUAGCAUACUACUUUACAGACGUCAUUGAUGGCGAGUCCAUCCAGACAUGGGGUUAUACGGCUCAAGUGAUCAUGAGAAUUGCCUUGGUUGUCCUCGAAUCUGACCAACAGCGCGAUGUCACCGAUGGCUUCGUCAUCACCAAAGACACAGCUUUGUCCACGUUAGCCGAUAGCAACAUAAUUCAGCGUCUGUUGGAUCAUUUGAAACACUCCAACCUUUGAUGUUGUUUCAUUGUUACCACAAUUCUAGAUAACUCUAAAAAAAAUCUUCUUUUUUUCAUAUUCAACUCAUCAAAUUGGGUUACGAAUACUUAAACAAAUUAUUUACGCCAAAGUUAACAAGGCUAUUCAUAAUAUAAUUAAAGAAGCCAACACACACGGAAAUGAUUAACUAAAUACUGAUCAAGGAACAUUGAUGCUUAUAUGACUGGAAUGUGGAAUGUAAGUGAAUGUGGAAAGAUUCGCACCCUCUCCAGCAAUCGCGUAUAGUUGAAGAGGAAAUCAUACCUGCAUUUUCAUUAAUUCAAGUGCGAGAGAUGUUUUGUGGUAUUACAUAUCAGUCGUCAGUUUUUAUUCAGUCAAGGCAAACGUUCAUAGCCAGAUGAAGUAUGAACUGUUCUCGGAUAAUAUUGCACACGUAUUUAGGUUGUUAUUAUGCCGACUGUCAUCUCUUAUAAUGUAAACAUUAUUUAUUUUACAACAAAAAGGAAACAAGUAAAACAAGUGUUGUAUUGUGUAGUGUGCCCAUGAUAUUACUUAUCAAAGACGACAUAUUAGGCUCUCUAGCUGUUAAGCUGGUGAUGUGACCAGGAUUGGUUUCCAUCCAAUGUUAAAUUUGGUGACGUGACCAGGAUUAGUUUCCAUCCUAUGUUAAAUUUAGUGAUGUGACCAGGAUUGGUUUCCAUUCUGUGUUAAAUUUGGUGAUGUGACCAGGAUUGGUUUCCAUUCUGUGUUAAAUUUGGUGACGUGACCAGGAUUAGUUUCCAUCCUAAGUUAAAUUUGGUGAUGUGACCAGGAUUGGUUUCCAUCCCAUGUUCAAUUUGGUGAUGUGGCCAGGAUUAGUUUCCAUCCUGUGUUGAAUUUGGUGACGUGACCAGGAUCGGUUCCAUCCCAUGUUCAAUUUGGUGACGUGACCAGGAUUGGUUUCCAUCUUAUGUUCAAUUUGGUGACGUGACCAGGAACAGUCCAAAAUUACAAUGGUCAUAUAAUAUACAUCCACCUAUGAAUAAACGUGGAAAAAUGUGUAGCCGAAGUUGUAUUUAGUUUAAAGUGUAUUAAUUAAAAAUUAACACAAUACCUCAAUAAAACUACAUGAUUUUGUACAGCU